AUGAUGAAAGAACCUGAGAAAAUCAUGAAAAAGAAUAUCUUAAAUGGCUAAAUUAAAUACUAAGUUAAAUGGAAAGGAUUUGAAGAAACUACUUGGGAAUCAGAUGAUAAUAUGAAAAAAUAUAAAGAACUUAUUGAAGAUUAUAAUUAUUUCUCAUUAACAGGUGAAAGAUAUGAUGAAAAAAAACUAGAAGAAAUUAGAUAAUUAACUGUUUAAUCAUAACCUAGAACUGCUAUCAAAAGAGUAGCUAUACCAAAAUUAAUACCUCAAAAUGAAAUAAACAAAAAAGAUAAAAAAAUUGAUAAAAUUGAUACCAAACACAUUGAAAUUUUAGACAAUCCUAAAAACUCUUAAAUUAAUUGUGAUAUACAUUAAGAAAAAACUAAUACUUAAACAUUAAAUAUUAUACCUGAAAUUUCUAAGUAAAUAUUACUAUUCUAAUUUUAAGAAAAGCUAAAGAAAAAUCAGCCAACAAUAAUGACAAAUUAGAAACUAUUAAAUUAUAAGCUAAUUUAAAUAAGGGACUUUUUUCUCUUAUAUGGAAAUAAAGAUCAGAUGGUAUUAAGCCCUAUUCUGAUGAAUACUCCUAUGAAGAUUUUAAAACUUAAGCUCCCUUAUUUUUUAUAUAGUUUUUUGAAACUUGUAUUUUUGAAUGUCAAAGUUAAAAUGAUAUUAAGUAAUAUUUAUAUUAAUUUAGAUUUGAAAUUUAAGGCUAAGAUAUUGCUGAAAGAAUAAGAGUUAUUAAAGAUAUUUUAGAAAAAAGAGAUUUAGAUUAAAAAAUUAACCAAAACCAAAAAUGA